GCCAGUAACAUCAUGGAGCCCGAAGGUGCCAGUACAGCCAGGAGCUCGGUCUCCGAAAAGACGCUCGUUUCGGAUGAAAAUAAGACAACUGAGGCGGAUAACAAGGACCAAAAAGAAGCCAAGACAUUCAAGUGUCAGUGCCGCUUGUCGAAGUCGACGAUCAAGAUCUUGAAGAAGAUCAAGAAGGAGAAGGCCAAUAGGGACCAGAAGAGGAAGCAAAAAGAGAAGGCCAAGAGGGACAAGAAAAAGGGCAUAAAAGUUAAGAAGCCCAAGAAAGACCCCACAGCACCCAGGAAAUUUAAAAGCGAGGAGAAAGCCAAGCAGUUCUGUGAGCAGCAGCAGGCGGAGCUCCGCUGGAAGACCUUCACGGAUGCGGAGUUCGCCGACUGGCGGACGUUCAAGAACAACGACUACAAGGUGCCGCUGCGCUCCGUGUUCAGCUACCUGAAGGUUCCCGCCUGUCCCAUGGCCAUACGCAAUGAGCCCGCCAAGCCGACGGUCAGCCAGGUGAUGGCCGAGCUGCUCAAGAGCAACCAGGGCGCCACCACCCGUGUGAAGAUCGGGGAACAGCGCUUCAAGUGCAUCCCCAACCUGCUCCGUUGCUACUCCGUGUGGUUCGCCAACCGCGACUGGCGCAUGCAGAGCUUCCGCUUCGAGGAGCGCGAGGUGCCGGCCCGUGGAUUCGCCGCCCUCUACGAGUGGAUGCGCACCGAGCAGCUCCCGGAAGUAAAGUACGUGGUGCAGGCCAUGCAGGCGGCGCGCCACCUGGGCGUCCGGCUGUGCGAGAAGGACUGCUGGCAGGUGCUGUCCCGCGAGGAGGUGCGCGAGAAGAGGGCCUUCCUCGUCUUCCAGGAGGCCAAGCGCCUGCCCGCCUUGGCCGAGGUCUGCGAAUCGAUGCUGGGACGGCUGCGCAACUGCUUUCUGGCCCUGGUCGGCAGUUCCGAUUUCCUCGAACUGGAGGGCAGGGCUCUGGCGGUCAUUCUCCGCCAGGACACGCUGGGGGUCAACUCGGAAAUGGAGGUCUUCUUCGCCGUGCUCCGCUGGCUGGGCCACGCGGAUGCCCAGCGGCGCAUAGCCUCGCACUUGCGCCGCCUGAUGAGCUGCGUCCGCUUUCAUCACAUGCCGCUGACCUUCCUGUUUAGUCUGCGCGAGUCCAUGAACCGUGCGGAUAAGGAUGAGCUCUUCCGCCCCGAUCCCGUGCUGCUGGCCUUUCAUCGCGACCCCGAGACCAUGGCCCUGCUGGAGCAGGCCAUGUCGUUCAUUGGGCUGCGCUCCCAGUGCGAGAACACCGACGAGCUGUUCGGCGUCUGCAACGAGCUCGGCAUCGAUGUGGUCUUCCCGCGCCAGUGGGUCUACCACCCCGCCUGUCCGUACCACCUCCAUCCGCUGACCUUCCCCUACCAGCACCGCUUCACGGCCACCGAGUUCGGGGAGUACAUCGCCAGCAUCCAGGAGCAGUGGAUCGACGAGGGACCCGCGGACCAUGGGAAGUCGCUGGUCCUCGAUCUCGAGAAGGAGCCGCUGCUGAGAAGGCAACGCGAGUGGCUUGCCUUGCAAAAGGGCCUAUAA